AUGGCUAGCGUAACAGUUGCUCUUAUAACGAUCUCUUGUUUAUUGACUCCGACGAUAAUAUCGGCGUCAGGAGAUAGCUUGCAAGAUUUAAUAUCUAGUGGGAACUACGAGUUUAUUGACUUAAGUCAUGCUUUCAAUAAUUUAACUAGCAGUUUUCCAGGCAUACUAAAGUUUAAAUUUAUUAAAAAAUCUGUAAAUCCUAGUGGUGAUAAGUCAGCUUGGUAUGCAGCUAACGAUUUCGAAACAGGGGAACAUGCAGGCACACAUAUCGAUGCGCCCUAUCAUUUUUACGAACAAGGAAAAUACGUUGGAGACCUGCCUUUGGAAAGACUGAUCGUGUCAUUAAGAGUAGCUGAUGUCACUUCAAAAGUUAACGGAAAUGCUGAUUACGUGUUGUAUAAAAAAGAUUUGGACAACCUGUUAAAUGAAACAUUCGAUAAACCUUGUGUGCUACUUUUUAAAUUUGGUUGGAGUCAAUAUUUUAAUGACGCACAGAAGUACUUUGGUUUUGAUGGCACUAAGGCUAAGUUUCCAGGUUUGAGUACGGAGGUGGCAGAAUGGAUAAUAACGAAUAAAAAUAUUCUUGGUGUUGGAGUUGACGGUCCGUCGGUUGAUCCUGGCCCUUCAACAGACUUCGCAGUUCAUAGAAUACUUUCUAGAGCAGGAUUGUACAAUUUGGAGAAUGUUAAUGUACAUGGACAGAUCAAUGAAAAAAAAUGUACUGCCUUGGUGUUACCAAUGAAAAUCGAACACGGCACAGGUGCACCUGUAAGACUUGUGGCUGUUUGUCCUAAAGUGACACUAUGA